CUCAAUAAUAAAUAGCACAUUUUGUCCAUGUGUGGUUGGUAAAAAUGGUGUAAUAUGUGAUGACAAUUUUUUUCUAAAACAGGAAAAAAUUCAAAGUUAAAGAUGGAUUCUAAUACAGAUAUGGCUCUCAAUGGAGUGUCUAGUUUAAGUGUUAGUGCUAAACCGUUUGUUCCAAAUGUUCAUGCCACUACAUUUGUUCCAUCAUUUGCGCAAAAAUCUGUCACACCAUCACAACCACCACCACCACAAGCAUCUCAAGUUAGUACUCCGGUUGAAGAAACAAAGAACGUUGAGGCAGAUGAUACUUCAGAUAACUGGGAAGAUAAUGUUGAUGAUGUUCAAGAUGAAUCCAAUGAAACAAAUGAAAAACCUGUUGAAGAAGAAACAAAUAAGGAAACAAAUGAGGAGGAAAAACCUGGUGAGAGAAACAAGUCACAAGUAAUUUCAAAACCUAAAAAAGAUUCCAAACCUCCUACUCCAGAACCUGGAGAUGGUAAAGAAAACAUUAAUAUCAUAUUUAUUGGACAUGUUGAUGCAGGAAAAUCAACAAUUGGUGGGCAAUUAUUGUUUUUAACAGGACAAGUAGAUAAAAGAACACUAGAAAAAUAUGAGAGAGAAGCCAAAGAAAAGAACAGAGAAACUUGGUAUCUUUCAUGGGCAUUAGAUACAAAUUUAGAAGAAAGAGAUAAGGGAAAGACUGUAGAAUGUGGACGAGCUUCUUUUGAUACGGAGUCAAAACAUUUUGUUUUACUUGAUGCACCUGGUCAUAAAAGCUUUGUUCCCAACAUGAUUGGUGGUGCCGCCCAAGCUGAUGUUGCUGUUUUGGUUAUAUCAGCAAGAAAGGGUGAAUUUGAAACUGGAUUUGAAAGAGGUGGUCAAACAAGAGAGCAUGCCAUGUUAGCUAAAACAGCUGGUGUAAAAUAUUUGAUAAUACUUGUUAACAAAAUGGACGAUCCUACCGUAGAAUGGGCGGAAAGCAGGUAUCAGGAAGUUACUUCCAAGUUAACACCUUAUUUAAAGAAAACUGGAUUCAAACCAAGUGAAAUGACUUUUAUGCCAUGCUCUGGUUUUACUGGUGCCAAUCUAAAAGACAAAGUAGAUGCAUCUGUCUGUUCUUGGUAUAAUGGUAAAUCCUUCCUAGAUCAUCUCGACACACUACCAGAUUUUGAGUGGCCUUUUGAUGAGCCUGUUAAAGUAUUGAUCAGUGAGAGAUAUAAGGAUAUGGGUACAAUUGUUAUUGCCAAGGUUGAAUCAGGAACUGUACGCAAAGGCGAUAGUUAUAUGUUGAUGCCAAAUAAACACACUGUAAAGAUUGUAGCUAUAGUUGGGGCUGACGAGAAUGAAAAAAAUACAUGUCGUGCAGGCGAGAAUGUGAAACUAAAGUUGUCUGGUGUGGAAGAAGAUGAAGUGUUGCCAGGUUUUGUCCUCUCUGAUCCAAGUGCUUUAUGCAACACUGGUCAAGUUUUUGACGCACAGAUUGUUAUCUUGGAACACAAGAGUAUUAUUUGUGCUGGAUACAAAGCUGUUUUGCAUAUUCAUAACGCUGUUGAGGAAGUUACACUUGUGGGAUUAAUAAGCACUAUCAACAGAAAGACAGGUGAAAAGAGUACGACGAGACCCAGGUUUAUCAAACAAGACACGAUCGCUAUUGCACGAUUCAAAACCGCCAAUUUAAUCUGUAUGGAAACAUUUCAAGCAUUUGCACCCAUGGGUAGAUUCACAUUACGUGACGAAGGAAAGACAAUUGCUAUCGGUAAAGUGCUAAAUGUACGGCAUAAGAAAGAGCAAGCAGAUUAAAUGUUUUUCAUAUUUUAUCAUUGGAUUGGACAGCUCUGCGGUGCUGUUAUUUCCACUUUGAUCGAGUUGGUGAAUCUCAUAAUGGUGGCGAAGUUUGUGUACGCAAGCCGAAGCGGAAGCAGAAGAAGACGUAUAAGAGGAGAAAAAACAUUAAAUAACAAUUUACAAUAAACACGUUGACGGGUUUAAUUACAUUGUUUGGUUGUGUCGUUAUUACGUUAUUACGUUGUGUCGUUGUUACGUUGUUGUUGUGCCGUUGUUACGUUUUUUUGAUCUCGCAAUGAAGUUCGCAACAGGCAGGAUACUAUUUCUAGGGAAAAUAUUCAAUGUAAUUUUUUUUUAAAACGUAAACGUUGCGGUUUUCUUCCCUGUUAUCAUACAAAGAUAACACUGGAUUUCACUGGAAACUAUGACUUUUUCACUGUUCGUUAAAACUGACUUUCUUACUGUCCGUUGAAACUAUGACUUUCUCACUGUUCUUUGAAACUAACUUGUUUCGCUGUGUAUUAAAAAAUCAUAAAUUAUGUUCGUAAAAACUACGACUUAUUUCACUGUUCGUUGAAACUAUGACUUAUUUCACUGUUCAUUGGAAAUAUGAGAAUGUUUAAUGAUAUUUAUAUCGAAUUUCUAAGCGAUAUUUUAUUGAUACAAAGAUGAAAUAUUCUUGCUGGUUUUAUUUUUUA